AUGUCUGCAUCCUCAUCAGCAACCAACCAAGCCCCAGGUGGAUUAAGAAGCGCAGUUAAAAGAAAGACCACUCAAGAAAAGAAGGCUCAAUCAUCAAAUGCCACACCAUUAUCAACCAGAUCUGCUGGUGCUGGUGGUUCUUCCUCCACAAUGAUGAAAUUGUUUACUGAUGAAGCCCAAGGAUUAAGAGUCGAUCCUUUAGUUGUGUUGUUCUUGGCUGUUGGUUUUAUCUUUUCCGUUAUUAUCUUACAUGUGUUUGCUAAAAUCACUGGUAAAUUUACUUCUUAA